UGCAGUCCUGUCUCUUCAUCCACAUCUCCUCCAGUCUCUCCAAACUCUGCAGUCCUGUCUCUUCAUCCACAUCUCUUCCAGUCUCUCCAAACUCUGCAGUCCUGUCUCUUCAUCCACAUCUCCUCCAGUCUCUCCAAACUGCAGUCCUGUCUCUUCAUCCACAUCUCCUCCAGUCUCUCCAAACUCUGCAGUCCUGUCUCUUCAUCCACAUCUCCUCCAGUCUCUCCAAACUCUGCAGUCCUGUCUCUUCAUCCACAUCUCCUCCAGUCUCUCCAAACUCUCCAGUCCUGUCUCUUCAUCCACAUCUCCUCCAGUCUCUCCAAACUCUGCAGUCCUGUCUCUUCAUCCACAUCUCCUCCAGUCUCUCCAAACUCUGCAGUCCUGUCUCUUCAUCCACAUCUCAUCCAGUCUCUCCAAACUCUGCAGUCCUGUCUCUUCAUCCGCAUCUCCUCCAGUCCCUCCAAACUCUGCAGUCCUGUCUCUUCAUCCACAUCUCCUCCAGUCUCUCCAAAUUCUGCAGUCCUGUCUCUUCAUCCGCAUCUCCUCCAGUAUCUCCAAACUCUGCAGUCCUGUCUCUUCAUCCACAUCUCCUCCAGUCUCUCCAAACUCUGCAGUCCUGUCUCUUCAUCCACAUCUCCUCCAGUCUCUCCAAACUCUGCAGUCCUGUCUCUUCAUCCACAUCUCCUCCAGUCUCUCCAAACUCUGCAGUCCUGUCUCUUCAACCACAUCUCCUCCAGUCUCUCCAAACAGACUCCGGUGUGGCAGAGACCCAGCAGCUGGUCUCCAUGGCCAAAAGGCUCCCGGGAGGCAGAUCCAGAAGUCCACAAAAAAGCACCACAGAUGUCACAAAAGUGCCACCCCUUGUCACACAGUCCCAAAGGGUCCCGGACCAAAAGGCAAAAAAAUAUACUUCCAAGUCAGCAGGUCCUCUCCAUCUGUGUCACCAGGAGGGAGGAGGACAAAUGUUUGGAAAUGAUGGCUUUAAACCACCCUGGAAACCAUUCAGAAUUUGGGUGUCCGUGGAUGUGGGACAACCUGACCUGUUGGCAACCUGCCAGGAUCGGGGACGUGGUUCAGGUCACCUGCCCUGACAUCUUCUCUCACGCCACCAGCGAGGAAGACUUUGAACUGGGGACGAUCAGUCGAAACUGUACUGAGUUUGGAUGGUCGGACACGUUCCCUCACUACUACGACGCUUGUUUAGACCAGCCAGGAAACAACACUCAUCCGGAAAUGCACUUUCUGUCAGUGAAGGCUUUGUACACAGUUGGCUACAGCACGUCUUUGCUGUCCCUCACCACAGCCAUGGUCAUCCUGUGCAGGUUCAGGAAGCUGCACUGUACCAGAAAUUUCAUCCACAUGAACUUAUUUGUGUCCUUCAUCCUGAGAGCUAUUUCUGUCUUCAUCAAAGAUGGCGUCUUAUACUCCCAGGACAGCGAGCACUGCUUCGUACACACUCUGGAAUGUCGAUCAGUGUUGGUGUUCUUCCAUUACUGCGUCCUCUCCAACUACUUCUGGCUCUUCAUCGAGGGUCUCUACCUCUUCACUCUGCUGGUGGAGACCUUCUUCCCGGAAAGAAGAUACUUCUACUGGUACAUCGGCGUGGGCUGGGGAGCUCCCACCCUGUGUGUGACCGUCUGGGCCGUGCUGAGGUUUCAUUUGGAUGAUAUUGGCUGCUGGGACAUGAACGACAAUGCUGCCAUCUGGUGGGUAAUCAAGGGACCUGUGCUGGCCUCCAUCAUGAUCAAUUUUGUCCUCUUCGUUGGCAUCAUCGUCAUCCUCGUUCAGAAACUGCAGUCUCCAGAUAUCGGAGGAAAUGAGUCCAGUAUUUACUUGCGGUUGGCACGUUCCACUCUGCUGCUGAUUCCUCUCUUCGGGAUCCACUACACUGUCUUUGUCUUCUUACCCGAGAACGUCAGCAAGCAGGAGAGGCUGGUGUUUGAGUUGGGCCUGGGAUCCUUCCAGGGCUUCGUGGUUGCUGUCCUCUACUGCUUUCUGAACGGAGAGGUGCAGUCGGAGAUGAAGAGGAAAUGGCGCAGCUGGACGGUGAACAGGUACUUUGCUGUGGACCUCAAGCACCGACAUCCUUCGCUGGCCAGCAGUGGCGUGAAUGGAGGGACACAGUUGUCCAUCCUGAGCAAGAGCAGCUCCCAGAUCCCAAUGUCCAGCCUGCAGGCAGAGACACCAGCAUGCUGAGGACACACACACACACACACACACACACACACACACACACACACACACACACGCACACACACACACACACACACACACACACACACACACACACACACACACACACACACACACACACACACACACACACACACACACACACACACAUUGUAUUUCAUGCUCUGUUAAUAUUCUUUUUCUCUGUAAAAACAAAGCUAUUGUAAGAAUAUAAAGUGUAAAACUUUAA